CCCCGGAGCAGCAGCUGCUGCCGGUCCUAGUAUCCCUGCCUUCUUUUUGUCCGCUGUCCAUUCCGCGUUGCAGCCGUCGGUCCUCCUGCUUUCCCGCGGGGGCCGUCGGCGUCCGUCUGAACGCGUUCCACGCGUCCCAGUGCAGCCGGCGCCCGUCGGCGCUGCGCUCAAACUUCCCGAGUCGGAGGGCGCGGGCGGUGGCAGCGGGGCCCGGAUGGGAGCCCGGGUCGGCGGCGGCGGCGCCCAUGGAAGCUAACCGCCCGGGCGCGUUCGUGCUGAGCAGCGCGCCUCUGGCUGCGCUGCACAACAUGGCUGAGAUGAAGACGUCGCUGUUCCCCUACGCGCUGCAGGGUCCGGCGGGCUUCAAGGCGCCCACGCUAAGCAGCCUUGGUGCGCAGUUGCCUCUAGGCACUCCUCACGGCAUCAGCGACAUCUUGGGGCGGCCGGUGGGUGCAACGGGUGGCGGCCUUCUGGGAGGUCUGCCCCGCCUCAACGGGCUCGCCUCGUCAGCAGGUGUCUACUUCGGGCCCGCGGCAGCCGUGGCACGGGGCUACCCCAAGCCGCUGGCGGAGCUGCCUGGGCGCCCGCCCAUCUUCUGGCCCGGAGUGGUGCAGGGCUCUCCCUGGAGGGACCCGCGCCUAACCGGCUCGGCCCAAGCCGGAGGGGUCCUGGACAAGGAUGGCAAGAAGAAACACUCGCGGCCGACGUUCUCGGGCCAGCAGAUCUUCGCGCUGGAGAAGACUUUCGAGCAGACCAAGUACCUGGCAGGCCCAGAGCGCGCGCGGCUUGCCUACUCUCUGGGAAUGACCGAGAGCCAGGUGAAGGUGUGGUUCCAGAAUCGGCGGACCAAGUGGCGCAAGCGACACGCGGCAGAGAUGGCGUCGGCUAAAAAGAAGCAGGACUCGGAUGCCGAGAAGCUAAAGGUGGGUGGCUCAGACGCGGAGGACGAUGACGAGUACAACCGGCCCCUGGACCCCAACUCCGACGACGAGAAGAUCACGCGGCUACUCAAAAAGCACAAACCCUCGAACUUGGCGCUGGUUAGCCCGUGCGGUGGCAGCGCGGGGGACGCCUUGUGAGGAUGCGGCCAGGCCAGAGAACCCGGGAACGGGGGCGCGCGGCAUGCCCCGACGCCAGCCGCCCAGCCGCAGUGUGUAUAUAUAUUUUUACAGAAUAAGUUAUAAAGCGGACAUUGGCGCGGCCUCGGCGUGAGGUCCGGAGUGCGGGGUUUGGGCUGGU